AUGGACGACAGCAGAGUGAGACGCAAGGAUACCACCAAGGGCCCGCCGCUGCGGAUCUUGUCUCUCGAUGGAGGCGGCGUCCGCGGCUUCUCCAUGUUGAUCAUCUUGCAAGAGCUGAUGCACCGCACUUUUGUGGAGAUUGAAGGACGCGCUCCCAAAAGAGAUGAAAUUCCGCGACCAUGCGACCACUUUGACCUCAUAGCAGGCACGGGAACGGGUGGUUUGAUUGCGAUUAUGCUAGGACGGCUACGCCUGGACCUGGACACGUGCAAAGAUGUGUAUGUGAGGAUGACGCGGAGGGUGUUUGAGACGGAUAAGACCUUCUUUGGCAUGCCGUUGCGGAGCACAAUGUUCAAGGCGAGCAUGUUGGAAGAAGCAAUUCGCCAAUGUGUGCGCGAACAUACCGUAUUUGCCGACGAGGGCAACGAUGCACUUGCGAACGCUACGCCCAUGACACCGACCUCGCGGAAUAGUGUUGGCUCCCCUUUACCGCAGCGGUCGCAGAGUCAAGGCAGCCAGUAUAGCCAGAUGGGAAAGAACACGUCGAGUAGGGGCGUGUCGUGGGCCACUUCAAGACUCGGCGAUCCCGAUGCCCUGCUCUAUGAUACCAGAGAAAAUCGGACCAAGGUGGCAGUCACCGCAGUUAUGAAAGGAACCCCAGUCAUCGCGCUGCUUCGCUCGUACGAUUCAAGGAAGGAGACGGCGCCCGACGUGAAUUGUACCAUCUGGCAAGCUGGUCGCGCAACGUCGGCCACGCAGAUGGCGUUCAAGCCGAUCCAGAUCGGCCAGUCCGUGUAUCUAGACGAUGGCGCAGGCAGAUAUAAUCCCGCUCCGCAAAUCCUCGACGAGGCAGUGCAGAACGAAUGGCCAGGAAGAGAGGUCGGCGUAUUUGUUAGCAUUGGUACUGGGAAGCGGCCUUCCGGCGCCGCGAGUAAUAAGCAUGGGCACGAGUGGUGGGAAGAUGUUCUCGGCGGCAGCAUGGGCGACUUUGCUGAAGCGCGACGGCGAUUAGCAGCAAAGAUGGAAGGCUGCGAAGAAUCCCACAGGUACAUGUUGCGUGAGCAUCUUGCGCGCCGCGGCGUCAAUGCGGAUAAUUACUACCGACUCAAUGUCGAAAUCGGCCUCGGAGAAUUGAAGAUGAAUGAAUGGUACCGCCUGGCCGAAAUCAGCACAAACACCCGCAUGUACCUGCAGAAGAACGAGGUACAAGCCUCGUGCUCCGGUGCAUCCACGAAGAUUGCGAAAAUUCAUUUUGCGAAGCUGCGAUAUGAUCGGGCAGAGGCCAGGAGAUCGGCCGGUACUGAUGGUGUAGGGAGUAUCGGUGAACAUCACAACCCCUGGGAAAUUCCUCGUUUCCCAGCGCCACACGCUCCCCAUCCUGAUGCUGUGGAACUCGCUGGAGAUGAUUCGUUCCGUCCGGUGCAGCAUUUCGGCCCAGAUGGUUACUACUCUCAGCAAAGGCCCAGCAUUCCAGACCAGAAGUACACUGUAGAAGGAGAGGGUUAUGAAUUUCAGAGCCCCAAUUCCGUAUCAGCGCGACCCUCCACAGAUAAUUCCCAUUCCGCCAGACUCAACAGCAAUACGGACGCAGCAUCRCCGCGGAACAGUCGCAACUUUCAGAAUAACUCACAGCGGCAGAGCCAAGACCAUGCUUAUCCGCAACAGCAACCAGGCUCCUCACCACCUAGAGAGACACCACCUCCGGUUCCACCGAAGACCCCUGUACAAGGGGAAGCUCUCCCCUAUCCAAGCUCAGGAGGCCCACCAGCUCCGAGAACUUUCAUGAACAUGGGAGAGUUGGGACGGCAGCUUCCAUACCCUGAUGUUGAGGGACCGCCGCCUGCCGUUGACGUUGCUGGGAAGCCGAAACUAUACUGA